CCAUCUUUGACUUCAACAAACUACAUAUUACUACUACUGGAACGCUCGUCCUCCAUUCCACCACCACCACCAACCAUAGCAAUUAACGAGCCCCUCCAGCCUCUCCCUUCCUCAAAUGCCUCCUCCCACCGACCCCCCGAACCCUAACCCUAACCCUAACCCUAAGCCCAGCCCCGCGAACAGCGUCGUGACGAUCAACGUCGGCGGCGAGCUCUUCCAAACCACCGCCGAGACGCUCGCCCUCGCCGGCCCCGCCUCUUCCCUCUCCUCGCUCUCCUCCUCCGCCGCCGUCCCCUUCCUCGACCGCGACCCUCGCAUCUUCUCCCUCCUCCUCUCCUUCCUCCGCCUCCGCCGCGCCCCCUCCGCCGCCUCCGCCUCCGACCUCGACGACCUCCUCUCCGAGGCCCGCUUCUUCUCCCUCCCCCCCGACCUCCUCUCCCUCCUCUCCUCCUCCCUCCCCUCCCCGGCCGCCUCCCCCCUCCGCCAUCUCCGCCACCUCCGCGCCCUCGCGUCGCCACGGCGGCGUCGUCUCCUCCUUCGACCCCCUCCUCCUCCUCCGCCGCCACCCGCGCCGCCCUCGCCCCCCCCGCCGUCGACUCCUCCUCGCCCUUCCCCUCCCUCGCCGCCGCCGGCGCCACGACUUUCCCGGCCUCCACCUCCUUCCCCUCCUCCCCCACCACUCCCCCCCUCCCCCCCUCUCCGCGUCCUCCACUGGCUCCCCAACCCCUCCACCAACUCCACCGUCCUGGCCGUCGCCGCCUCCCCCGACGCCCUCUUCGUCUCCUUCGAGUCCUCCCGCCGCAACGCCAGCGCCGUCCUCGCCUACGAUCUCAACUCCUUCGACCCCGUUCUAGAAGUCGGCCGCAAGGAGAUCUUCGGCGCCGAGUUGGACUCGGCGAUCCCCGCCACCAAGCUGCGGUGGGUCGCGGAAUUCGGCCUCCUCAUGGCCGCCGGAUCCCACGCCGGCCCAUCCGGGCUCUCCGGAAACAUCGCGUUAUGGGAUAUCAGAUCCAAUAAAGCAGCUUGGGAAAUCACGGAGAAGAGCAUUGAUUGCUUCGCCGACGUGGCGGUCUCCGACGGCCUGCGUGCCAUGUUCAAGGUUGGGGUGAACUCGGGAGAGGUCUUCAUGGCGGAUCUCCGGAAAUUGGGUGCGGAGGAGCCCUGGGUGUGUCUCGGAGAUCGGAGAAAGGUGGAAACUGGGAAAAGAGAAGGCAGCGGGUGCUUGAUUGAAUGCUAUGGGCAACAUGUGUUUUGUACCAGGGGAGGCGAAGUCGAGUUCUGGACUGAAGUGGUAUUCGGGGGGAGAAGGGAAGGCUUUUUGGAAGAAGAGAGAGUGAUGAGAAAGAAUUGGAUGGGGAGGGCCAAAGAUAGGGGUGGGAAGAAGAUAACACAUUUAGCAUUUGGGGGGAGCAGGAUGGUGUUGGCGAGGAAGGAUGAGCAGUCCGUGGAGGUGUGGGAGAGUUGCACGAGAGGCAUUUGAUGAUAUGGUUCAUUGGUGAAAAAAGACUUGUAUGGAUUCGUUCCUUCGCUUUUGCAUUGGGUGUAUUUUUUCCUCACAGGUGUACACAAAUGCGCAAAAUUGAUGGUAUUUGAGGUAACUAUAUUUCUUUAUGGACCAUUGCAAUCUCUCAGAUUUUUAGAGGGAGAUGGAUUAUGGCGAUCAAUAAGGUAUGGUGUACGGAGUUUAUUUAUGCUCCGAGUGCUGGCAAAUUCUAGAGAGAGAGAGAGAGAGAGAGGAAGAGGGAGGAGCGAGAUGGUAUCUUCUAAGCAUAUGCGGCGAGCACAAACAUUAUGCUGAAGCCACAACUUUAUUCUCGGCAUAUUUGGAUGUCCCAAGUGUGUUACUCCAAGGACGCCAUUUGCUUUAUGUUCCUCUUUGGGGUACUUCCGGGAGAUAAUAAAGUAGCUCAGAGGAGCAAUGCUAUCUCUAAACCUAAAGAGUAAGUUUAAAUUGUAUACUUUAUUCAUUCAAAAGCUAGACACUUUCUCUUUUUAAUAUAAAAAUUUCAAAUGGAGUUUACAAGUAGAGUUUCCGAACUCAAACUUUCGUACAAAUCUGAAAAUCUUAAUAUGAAAUAUUGUGUGCGAUUGUUGUCAAAAAAAUCUAUAACUUAUUAUCGCUCUGUUUGGAUGUCGGAAUAAGUUAUCUAUUCGGUAUAAGAAUUUUUU